CGAUGUCGGCUCCUGCGGGAGCACCUCCACCUUGGGCGUCAAUACUGGAGCGUCUACACGGGCCUUCCUUGGGACCUGAGGACCAUUGGCCUUCCAGUAAUCAUGCUAAAGACGGUGUCUGGUGCCUGGAGUGUGCGCUGGCUCUAAAGUUCCUGCAGGCGGAGCUGGCGGCAGGAGUGGCGUACGAGACACUGGUAGAGGAGGCCAUCGACAUCUGCUUCACCACCGUCGGCUACUCAGAACUCUACUGCAGAGGAUUCAUCUCUAUGGUCGCUCCGAUCGCGUACCACAUCUUGAGCACCAACAACGUGACUGCCAGUGACGCCUGUGGUGAGGUGCUCACCAGCCAGGGGUGCACCUCCUCCAGCCCCUCCAGGCAGUGGACACUCACCAUCCAGGGACAGAAGCCUCCAGUCCAGCCUAUACUGCCUCCUGACGUAUGUUUCAUGCAUAUGUACGUUGAAGUCAUAUUGAUGCAGGUACCUGAUGUCGGACGUGUACCGGAGAACGAGGAGGACCGGGCGUGGUACUGGGGAGACUACCGGUACUGUGGCUCCCCGCGCUGGAUGCUGGAAGACAUGCUCUCCCACAUCAAACUCACCCACCCGGCGCCUGCACGCCGUUUCAAAGGUGAAGGAAACUGUCAACGAGCAGAUAGUCUCUUAGACUUCCUGUUUGCUGAUGACUGCACCUUCAACGCCAUCACAGAACAAAUGAUGCAGCACGAAAUGGACGGCUUCCCCACAAGCCUGCAAAAACUUCUGCCUCAUCACCAGCACCAAAAUGAUCGAAAUCAUAAAAAACUUCUGCACCCUUCGGCAGAUAAUAACAUUGCAUGGCGGGUGCUCAGUGACACAGGCAUCCACCAUGGAGACGAGCACCAGUACCCACCGCACAGAGCGCCAAGUGGAAAACCGUCUAUCGACAAUCAGUUGCCCCAAGACGACAAGGCACCAGGCGUCCAAUUUGUAGAUGAACAAGUCGAAGCCAAACUGCUCAGGUUCACCAACCCAGACGACAGUGACACUCCGGAAGAGCUGAGCGCAGAUUGGCUGUACCAGGAGCUGGCACGGCAGUGGUCGCGUCUGGUGCCGCAGCUCGACAACUCCACCGUCACGAGGGCCGCUUACUACUCGGUUCUGCUCCAACCUGGCUUCAGGAUUAUCUCAUUCAACUCCAUGUUCGGCUAUUCUUCCAAUCUGUGGCUGGUAGAGGACUCGCAGGACCCCGGGGAGGAGCUGGCGUGGCUGGAGGAGCAGCUGAACAGAGCAGAGGCCUCAGGGGAGCUGGUUCACCUGCUAGGCCACGUCCCGCCGGGCAUACUGGAGGCCGAGCGCACCUGGUCACGGGAGUUCAACAGGAUUGUCGUCAGGUAUGUUGCUGUGAGGAGAAUGAGCAGUUGCGACCGUCAGAGAGUAAAUAAUAUCGAGUGCGAGUAGUGGGUGUGAGGUGUA